AAGAGAUUUCACGCAGACUUUCUCCCUGGGUCUUCUCCUCUUGCUCGCCUCACCAAGAACAGAACAACCGUCCCACAAGAAGAAAAACUCCAGGUAAUCUGCAACGGUGACUUAUCUCUUUAUUCCUAUGCGUGCUUUACUUGACUCCUCUUAAUUAAGAACAAUGACUUUUAGGCCCCACCGGCAAGAACGAACUUCUAUGUGUUAAGCCGAAUUGCUUAUCCAUAUGUGUUAAGCCAAGUUAUUUUUGUAUGGAGUAGAAUUUCUUCUUCCACCAUGUUUCAAACUUCUAGGCAAAUCUGCAAAUAGACUUGUUAAUGUUAGGUAUUUGCAGAUUUUAACAAAAAGAGGUUACGCCGAGUUUAACAAAGCUGCAUUGUUAAUAGACUUGUUAAUGUUAGGUAUUUGCAGAUUUUAACAAAAAGAGGUUACGCCGAGUUUAACCCCAAACUUCUAGGCAAAUCUGCAAAAAGAUUUUAACGAAGCUCUAGAAACUUUGACUUGUUGUUUGAACACCGAGUUGCAUUGUAUCAAAUAAAGUAUAUACUUAGGCUUUCUUGUGCUCGAACUCUAGCUCGGAAACUCAAAAGUACUGUACGCGAUUUGUUACAAAGCUUGGGCUCGGAAUUUUUACAAGAAUUUUUUACAUCGGAAGAACAAAUUUUUUAUUUUACGUUUUCAAACGCUUCUUCAAAUUGGAGGCGAGUUUAUAAAAGGCGGAUUUGGUAUAAUGAAAUUUAUGUAUUAAUCUAUUUUUUUUUUAUUUUUAACAUUUGACAAAAAAUUUUUGACAAGGCUAAUCUCGAACUUUUUUUUGUAAGGGCUCAUAUCUAGUUCUAGAGUCGGCCUUUUCUUAUCUUAUGUAAUUCUUUCUAGUUUUUUUUAAUUGUAUUUUUCCUAUGAGUAAUAACCCCAAAUUAAUGUUUCAAUAUCUUUUUGUCAUUGAAAUAGAUCCCCCUUUUAUAUUCUGUUUAAGAAAAAAAUUAACGAGCAAUUUUGAAUUAAAUUAAAAACGUGUUGUUUGAAAGAGAUAGAGGAUUCUAGUUAAAUUCCUAGGCAAAUCUGCAAACUCGGCGUAACCUCUUUGUUAAUGUUAGGUAUUUGCAGAUUCCACCAUGUUUCAAACUCUAUAUUGGUAGGUAUUAUAUUCUUUUUGCUUUAGAAAUAAGAGUAUAUAGAGGUUAUGUAAUUGUUAAUGUUAGGCAAUUUUAUUCAUCCAGUAUUUGUUAAAGCAUAACACUUUAUCCAACUAAUACGUUCGUUUUCAAUGAAGAGUAAUUGGAGUUGCCUCUUCUUUACACAAUAGCAGCCAUAAGUAGGAGUUUUUUUUCUUUCGUUUUUGGUCAAUUAGACGCAGAGCAGGUUUACACUCUUGUUCAUUUUUUAUGUUUUUACCUCUGUAUGUAUAAGUGUGUUGUAGUUAAGUUUGUAGACAAUAUAAUAUGUGUUCCAAAACUUAAUAUAGUUUAUCUUUGAAAAGAUCAAGGGGUAUGAGUUUGUGUUUAUUGUUUGUGUGAUUGGUUUUACAUGUCUUAUAGAUGGGUGAUUCACAAGGUAAUGCCAAAAAAAAGGAUUAUAAAACUUGGACCAUAGAAGAGAGUAAUGUCUUGCUUCAGCUAAUGGUUGAAAGUGCCAAACUUGGCCUUCGUGAUAUCAAUGGAGUGAUAAGUAAACAAAUGGUAGAGACCAGACUCCUUCCUAAACUUAAGCAAAAGCUUGGUUAUGAAAUUAGUUUUAAUCAUUACCAAAGUAGAGUCAGAUGGUUUAAAAAACAAUACUCCAAUUACUCUCAACUUAUGCGACACAACUAUGGAUUCGGAUGGGAUGCGGCCACAAAGAAAUUCACUGCUUCCGAAGAAGUAUGGGCUGACUACCUGAAGUCACAUAAAGAACAUGCACACCUUCGGUCAGAAACUUGUCCGGACUAUGAGGAUCUGAGAAUCGCAGUGGGGAAUGGAACUGCAACUGGGAUGGGUGCAAUUGGUCUUGGUGAAAAUACAGACGCUACAGUGUUAGGAGUAGAUGAUGAAUCGGGUGGAAUUGGUGGCAUUGAUGGAUUAUUUUUUGAUCCAAAUACUAACAUGUUCACACCGAGUGAAAAUGCAUCAUCCCACCAGGAGGACUCAUCAUAUCUUCCACAAGAUGGUGGUACAAAUAUAGAGGAUCCACCUUCAUCAAGCAAUAGAGCUAAAGGAAAAAGGGGUAGAAAUGAUUUUGAGAACAAUGGAAGAACAAAGGAACCUAAUAGUCACGGUGAGGUUAUUGAGAGCUUGUCAAUGGGGUUUAAUAAAAUUGUUAAGAGUUUUGAUAAAAUUUGUUAUUUAAUGGAGAAGAGAGAAACAAGGGACAAUGAUCUUUUGGAUGCUAUGAAAGAGACCCCUGGAUUAACAGACGAGGAUUGCUUUAAAGCUCUUGAUUUGCUGAAUACGAAAGCGAAGCAAGAUUUCUUUUUAAGGAUGACUCCCGAACAACGCUAUCACUGGAUUGUCAAUCGUUAAACAACUUCAUUAGAUUUGUCCUCUAGAGAUAUCUAAUAAUAAAUAGGCCAUGGUUGCGUAUUUACUUUAUCUUUUGUUGGAGUGAUUUAAUUUAUUUGGAUUGCAAAGGGAUUAUUUGAACUAUUUUAUGUAUUAUCCGUUAGAAUGCUUUUAUUAUAAAAUAUAUCAUAGUUCACUUUUUAAAGUUUAUGCCUUUAUUCUUCUUUUAGCAAUGUGUGAAACAGAUAUGUAUGGAGCAGAUGAAGAUGAGGUUGAGUUUUAUGGGACUCUUAAGAUAUUGCUAAUGGCAAUAGAAGCAAUAACUUACUUGAUAUACAAUCUCGCUUCAAGAAUUAACGAUGAACCUGUUCCACGCCCAUUGACUCGCCGACCUGUGAUGGCUAAUGGGAUUAAAUAUAUGGAUGAAAUAAUGGCCGAAGAUCCUAAAACAUUUAGAAAUGUAUACAGAAUGUAUCCUAACAUUUUUCAAAAAUUAUGUUGUAUCCUAAGAAACAAAACGCCUUUACGAGAUACAAGAUAUAUUUGUGUUGAAGAAAUGGUAGCAACAUUUUUACUUAUUAUCGGCCAAAAUAACCGCUAUUGUCAACCAAGAAUGAUAUUUAAGCGGUCACACUUCAGCAUUAGCAGAAGCUUCAACAAAGUAUUGAAAGCGUUGAAUACAAUAGCUCCCGAAUUUAUGGCCAAACCGGAAUCUAUACCACAUGUCAUCAGAGAGAGUACAAGGUUUUAUCCUCAUUUCAAGGAUUGCAUCGGAGCAAUAGAUGGCACUCAUAUUCCAGCAAUAGUACCUGGACGAGAAACGAACAGCUAUCGAAAUCGUCAUGGGACUAUAUCUCAAAAUGUACUAGCUGCUUGCAACUUUGAUUUGCAAUUCAUAUAUGUGCUUAGCGGUUGGGAGGGUUCUGCCCAUGAUUCAAAAGUGUUAAAUGAUGCAAUUUCAAGACCAAAUGGUCUUAAAGUGCUACCAGGAAAAUAUUAUUUGGGGGAUUGUGGAUUUGCAAAUCGGUGUCAAUUUUUAGCUCCAUUCCGAGGUACUCGGUAUCAUCUAAAGGAUUUUGGUGGUGAAGGAAAUCACCCUGUUAAUGCGGUUGAACUAUUCAAUCUUCGUCAUGCUUCUUUAAGGAAUGUGAUUGAACGGAUAUUUGGAAUAUUCAAGUCACGCUUCACAAUCUUCAAAACAGCACCUCCUUUCUCUUAUAAAACACAAGCAGAAUUAGUUUUGGCAUGUGCAGGAGUACAUAAUUUUCUUCGACGUGAAUGUCGAUCUGAUGAAUUUCCUCCGGAUCCAGAAGAAGACCCACCUAGCGAUGAUGAGGACAAUCUUGAAUGGGAUAAUUUUCAGACACAAGAUCAACAGAGGGAAAAGGCCAAUGAAUGGAGGAUGAAUCUUGCUACUCAAAUGUGGGCAGCUGCAGAAAAUGAAUAAUUUUGAUCCAUAGUUCAGUAGCACAAGACGUUUGUUCCCAUUUCGUGCGUUGAUGACUUUAUUUUUUUUUUGUUAUAUUUUUUUAAUGCUUAUGCUUCACCUCAUUCGGAAUAGAGAACAUUAGCUAUUAUAUUUGUCAUAUUUUCUAUGUAGCAAUUCUUAUUUAUUAAAGUUUGGUCUAGUUGGAUCUGGUCUUAAAUAAG